UCUAAAAAAAAGUUUAUCAAAUAGAAUGUUAUUAAAGUGACACUGACUCCAAAGAAACUGCAACUUCCCUUAAUUGGUUUUGCACUCACACCGACUUCACAGCCUUCAAACUAUUGCAGAAGUAGGCCUAUAGGACAAUAAAAGUAUCGUGUAGUUCUGAAAAGCGACAACAUAUAUAGCGUCCCGUUCAUCUAUGCUGCGGCGGGAAUUCACCUGGCCUGACGUCACUGCUUGGCUCGUCCCACGACUUGAGCCAUACUGCACUCGACUCUGCUCGACUGUAUUGCCAGAGGGGGAGAGAGGGGGAGAGAGAGAGAGAGAGAGAGAGAGAGAGAGAGAGAGAGAGAGAGAGAGAGAGAGAGAGAGAGAGAGAGAGAGAGAGAGAGAGAGAGAGAGAGAGAGAGAGAGAGAGAGAGAGAGAGAGAGAGAGAGAGAGAGAGAGAGAGAGAGAGAGAGAGAGAGAGAGAGAGAGAGAGAGAGAGAGAGAGAGAGAGAGAGAGCCACACACACACACACACACACACACACCGAUACUACGGUGAAGAUAAAGACACCCCGAAGCCGUCCGCUGUAAACAGCGUCAGUGCCACUUAUUCCUGGUUUCUCCACGGGAAGCUCGCGCCAUGGCUCCAUUCCUGCGAAUAGCUGUCAACACGUUUGACCUAGGGGCGCUGCCCCCACUGGACGGCACGCCCAUCUGUGGCAUCAAGAUGAAGGAGUCUGUCAGCACAGAGCGAGGAAAGACCCUGGUCCAGAGGAAACCCACCAUGUACCCGGCCUGGAAGACCUCGUUCGACGCUCACAUCCACGAGGGCCGAGUCCUCCAUGUUCUCCUCAUGAGGUCGGCGGAGGAGCCCCUGUCCGAGGCCACGGUGAGCCUGUCCGUCCUGGCCGAGCGCUGCAAGAAGGGCAAGAACAACUGCUGCACCGACUUCUGGAUGGACCUGCAGCCCUCUGGCAAGAUCCUGAUGUCGGUGCAGUUUUUCCUGGAAGACACGGACACGGUUUCAUGUAAGUCGUCGGUGAGGGUCAUCGCGGAGGACGGGCUGACCACCCUGACCCGGCGCCGGGGGGCCGUCAAGCAGCCCAAGGUCCACCUCAUCAAGAACCACGAGUUCAGCGCCAUCUUCUUCGGCCAGCCCACCUUCUGCUCCGUCUGCAAGGAGUUCAUCUGGGGUCUCAAUAAGCAGGGGUACAAGUGUAGACAGUGCAAUGCAGCGAUACACAAGAGAUGCAUUGAGAAGAUCAUCGGCAGGUGUACUGGAACCGCCGCCAACAGCCGGGAUACAAUGUUCCAGAAGGAGCGCUUUAAGAUUGACAUGCCCCAUCGCCUGAAGCACCACAACUACAGGGGCCCUACCUUCUGCGACCAUUGCGGCAGCCUACUCUGGGGCCUCUACAAGCAGGGCCUCAAAUGUGAAGACUGCUCCAUGAACGUCCACAGCUACUGCCAGGGCAAGGUGGCCAACCUGUGUGGCAUCAACCAGAAGCUCCUGGCCGAGGCGCUCUCCUACAUCAGCCAGAAACCCGCCAAGAAGCCGGACGAUGGGUCUGACUCUGCAGUAGGGAUUUACCAAGACUUUAAGAGCGCAGAAGUGGACCCUAGUGAGGAGGUAACCGCAAAGCAGGACUCCGGUGCGGCGUUGGCCCGACGCCUGACAUUCAACCAGCUUGUGUUCCACAAGGUGCUGGGCAAAGGCAGCUUCGGCAAGGUGCUGCUGGCUGAGCUGAAGGGUCAGGGGGAGUACUUUGCGGUGAAGGCCCUGAAGAAGGACGUGGUCAUGAUGGAUGACGACAUAGAGUGCACCAUGGUGGAGAAGAGAGUCCUCUCCCUGGCUUGGGACAACCCCUUCCUCACACACCUCUACUCCACCUUCCAGACCAAAGAACAUUUGUUCUUUGUAAUGGAGUACCUGAAUGGCGGAGACCUGAUGUUCCACAUCCAGGACAAGGGCCGCUUCGAUGUCAACAGAGCCACGUUCUAUGGCGCUGAGAUCAUAGUGGGACUGCAGUUCCUUCACUCCAAAUGCAUCAUCUACAGGGACCUAAAGCUGGACAAUGUGAUGCUGGACAAGGAUGGACACAUCAAGAUUGCAGACUUUGGGAUGUGCAAGGAGAAUGUGUGUGGAGAGAACAAAGCCACCACUUUCUGCGGAACACCAGAUUACAUCGCACCAGAGAUCCUGUUGGGGCAGAAGUACACCUUCUCGGUGGACUGGUGGUCCUUUGGCGUGCUGGUGUACGAGAUGCUGAUUGGCCAGUCGCCGUUCCAAGGGGAUGACGAGGACCAGCUGUUCGAGUCCAUCCGAAUGGAUACCCCGCACUACCCACGCUGGAUCACCAAGGAGUCCAAGGACCUCAUGGAGAAGUUGUUUGAACGAGACGUCAGUCAAAGGCUGGGCGUGGUUGGGAACGUUCGGCUGCACAGCUUCUUCAAGUCGAUAAACUGGCCUGCUCUGGAGCGGAGAGAGGUGAAGCCCCCAUUCAAGCCCAAAGUGAAAGGCCCAAACGACUGCAGUAACUUUGACAAGGAGUUCCUGAACGAGAAGCCACGAUUCUCCCACGCUGACAAGAACCUCAUCGACACCAUGGACCAGGCAGCGUUCGCUGGCUUCUCCUUUAUAAAUCCCAAACUGGAACGCAUGAUGGAGAAAUGAAGAGCCAAAAUGGCUGUGCUGAAAACAUUGGUUCUAUCCAUGCAUACUACUGGUACGCCUUAUCGUUCAACUAAAGAAAAAAAAUCUUUCCAGGCUCUCCUGAAGAGUGUGACUUAAAAAAAAGGAGAAAUGGCAUGAUAUUGGCUUGUAAUUGAUGUAGCCCACACCAGACUCUGAAUCAUAGAUGAGGAACCUGAAGGAAAGUCUGUUGAAUGGCUUAAACCUGUACAGAAUACUGCUACAGUAUAUCAAUCAAUGCUGGUCUAUACAUCAGGGAUUUUCUCUACUCUAUUCACUGGUCUCUUAAGCUUAAGAUCACACAUAUAUUAUGUCUCGAUUGUAUCUGUAACUAUGGGUAACAUUUUAACCUUCCGCGUAAGGAUUGUGACUUUGUGUUCUGACAUUGCAUUUGAUCCAUAUAACGUGUGUACACACACUAGUCCACACUGCUGAGGGAAGUGUUGCAGUGUUUUUGCUGUAACCCAGUGCGUACAUCUGGGCUCUGUCUGUUUUACCUGGUUAGGCCGCGUGCUCAAUGUCUGAGUCGUCAGAGUUAAACUGUCCAGUGGGGCUGGCCAGGAUCAACGAUGACACCAAUAGGAAAAAAUGAGUUAUUAUUUCAAGGCCAAUUACAAAUUCAGUUGCAAGUGAGGGAGUUCUUCACUUGUUACAGCACAAAACUUAAGACAUUCAGUACUACAUGUGUAUAUUUAUCUUCACAGUAGUACGGGUGUAUCUCUGUAUUAGGUAUGUUUCUUGGACGGGCUGGGGAUGACUACAAUGCUGCAUGCUGCCACUGGAGGACGUGUUGCUACUGGUGUCGGUUACUGCUUUGUACUUCUUACUAAAGGGGUUCAAGGGCAAGACGAAAUGUUGUGGGUUCCCAGAUGUGAUUUGGGACAGUAGCAGAAAUACUGGAGAGAGUUGUACCACUAUAGCCCUACGGUCUGAAGGAUAUAUUUGUGUGUGGGAGAGAGGAGUGUUUGAUCAUAUAUGUUUUAAAAAUGUAAUGUUACUUGAAUUUGCAUAAUUGAAGACGAAAAUAAGAAUACUGUAUAUUGACCUUUUAAUAACUAUUAUCUUGCACUGUUGGUGAAAUUUGGAUAUAGGCCUACUUUUUUUCUACUCAUAUUUUACGUCGACAUAACUACAAAUAAAUGCAUAUCAAAAUCCAAA